CGGUGGGUAAUAAGUUUGGGGCGGACAGGAGGUGGUCACCAUGGAAACCCUUACCCAACAUGGAGGGUUGCGGGAAGGCCCCGGUAGCUGUGCAUAACCAUGUGGAUAAGGAUAAGUUUUUACACGAGGUUUACCCGCUGAGAAAACCUGCAAUUCUUAAAGGAAUUCACUUGGGCACAUGCACAUCAAAAUGGACAGUGGAUUACCUGAGCACAGCAGGAGGAAAUCAAGAAGUCAAAGUGCAUGUUGCUUCAGUACCACAGAUGGAUUUUAUCAACAAAAAUUUUAUCUACAGAACUUUACCGUUUGAUGUUUUUGUGAAGCGUGCAGCAGAGGAAACUCAUACAGAGUAUUUCAUAUCUGAGGAUGAAAAGUAUUACUUGCGUUCAUUAGGAGUAGACCCACGUAAGGAUGUUGCAGAUAUCACAAAACAAUUCCCAACUCUGGCUGAGGACAUCAAAAUCCCAGAGUUCUUUGACAAGGAACAAUUUUUCUCCAGUGUUUUUCGAAUUAGCUCACCAGGCCUUCAGCUCUGGACCCAUUAUGAUGUUAUGGAUAACUUCCUAAUCCAAGUGACAGGAAGGAAGCGAGUGCUGCUGUUUAACCCUCGAGAUGCACCUUAUUUAUAUCUAACAGGUGAUAAAUCUGAAGUCUUGCAUGUCGAUGCUCCUGAUUUAGAAAAAUAUCCAAAAUUUGCUAAAGCUCAGUGCUUUGAAUGUCAUUUAGAGCCAGGCGAUGUGCUUUUCAUCCCAGCAUUGUGGUUUCAUAACACCCUGGCUAAAGAGUUUGGAGUGGGUGUGAAUGUAUUUUGGAAACAUCUUCCAGCAGACUGCUAUGAUAAAACAGACACCUAUGGAAACAAGGAUCCCACAGCAGCCUCGAGGGCAAUGCAGAUUUUAGACCGAGCCUUAAAAACUCUAGAGGAACUUCCUGAUGAAUACAGAGACUUUUAUGCCCGAAGGAUGGUUCUACGGAUUCAAAGUAAAUCAUACAGUAGUCAUUAUAAAUAACGCUUGAUUACUUUGAAGAAAAAAAAGGUUGUAUAGCUGUCAUAUUUAUUUACAAUAUAUUCCAUAUUUGAGUAACGAAAGCGGUUCAGUUACUUUUUAAUUGAUUAUUUAAGCGAUUAUUUGUGCAGAUGCAAAUACUAGCUGUAGGAAAUACUCCAGGUCAAGCAACAUCUGUGUAGGAAUGAAUAGCAUUGAUAUAUCAAGUUAAUGUCCUGUCAUUAGAACAGAAAAGUCUGCAAUCAGCAAGUUUUAAUCUGCUGCGGAAGUGAGAAAAUAAAAUAUCAGUGGAAGGGAAGAAAGAUUAAAGGGCAAAAGGAUUUCAUUACUGAGAGGGAGAAGGUGUUAAAGGGCUGGUGUUGCAUCUCAAGUGGUUUCAUUGGAAGAUAAUUCAGGAAGGAAAGGGGAUUUGAUGGUGAUUUUUUUUUAAAAAAAAGAACAAGAACAUCCUAAAGAGAACAGUCCCUUUGAAAUGCAAAAGAGAGGAGAGAACAUAAUUUUUUUCCUUCUAUUCCAAAAAUCUGUGCAUUUGAAUCUUCAGUAAAGAAAGCAGCAUGCUUUACUAUGACACCAAUGUAGGAACCAAUCUGAACUCUAUCCUUCUGUACAUACUCACCACUAAUGGCGCAGGUGCUAAUGAUCCAAGUAUUUUGCUUCUGAUCUCAUUUCAGUUAUGCAUGAAAGCAGAGUCUGCAAGCAGAGGGCUGAAGUCUAAAGGGUUGUUCACAUUACACUAGCUCUUGUCUGGGUAUUAGUAUAUUCAAUUCGUCUAGUGAAAUAUUGAGAAGAGUGAAGCUGUUGUUUACAGUCCCUGUACAAUCACAGCUCCUGGGUACUGAUUCCAGGUCUGUUUUUGGCCUUUCCUGGGCUAUACCAGGCAAUUCAUGCUCUGGAGCUUUUAACCACUCUCUCUAAUACCAAAACCAAUUGAUUCUAUGUACAUAAUAUCAAACAAAAUUGCUGCUGUUUUAUCUUUGUGCUUAUGGCUCAAACCCAGAUUAUCUCUGAUUUCCCCCAACACUACCCAAGCACCAGUAUCUUGAGCUGUUGCUUCAGUUGUCCAGGCCCUAAACUCCACAAUUUACUUACUGGCUCUGCACUUGAUAAAAUUUCUUUUUAACCAAGCGUUUAUUCAUUUGACCUGCUGUUUCCUUCAGUAACAUAAUUUAUUUUGGACAUAAAGUUGGAAUUGCUGUAAAUACAGUAUUUGCUGUUUAUUUGGCUGCUAGCAGUAUAAAUGAUUACAUCAUUGCCAAAAACAGCUGAGAAUGCAAUGAUGAGAAGGGCAGAAAUGUACAGAUGGCUAAGAGCCCAGAAAGACAAAAAUGGUGUUGUGGACUUGCAUGUAAGCAUACUGAAAUACUGAGGCAGUGAACCUUCACACGGCCGAUUACAUAUACAGAACAAGCUCCCGCAGUUUGCUUGGCACUUGCACUGUGAGAGAGAAGAAUAUGUACAAGGUAAUUUGCAUAUCUGAAACACAAGAAAUUCUACAGAUACUUGAAAUCCAGAGUAGCACAUCCAAAAUGCUGGAGGAACUCAGGAGGUCGGACAGCAUCUAUGGAAAGGAAUAAACAGUUGACAUUUCAGGAUGAGGUUCUUCAUCAGAACUUGCAUUUUGGUGUUAAUUGAGUGAAUUUUAGUAUUGUUUUUUGUGUUUGUGUUUUCUGACGUGAAUAUUUUAAUAGGUAAUUCUAAUUCCUGUAUGUUUGCAAUUGAUACAUCCAUACAGAAAGCAGGAAUUCCAGGGUUCUUCGAGUGUUUGGAACAUAACGUAUGAUAUGACACUAGAGCCAAGCAGCUAGGAAGAACAAAAGAAAUCUGUAAUCUUCCUGGACCUUGCCAAUGCAUUUUGGCUUAAUUCCCCAUGCACUCCUCUGAGAGGCAUUUGACUUCUUUCAGAUACCAGAGCCCAUCACAACGCUGGUGAAGACCUGCCAAUGGGCUUCACAGCAGCAGAUUUUGUCACAUGGCAGAAACUGGAAGUAGGCAUUAUGGCAGGUUGCACUACAUCACCCCUGGCCUUCGCAGCGGCCAUGAAGGUCAUUAUCAGGGCUUCAGGAUGGGCGGCAGGCAGAAAAAGGACAAGUGUUGCACUUCAACUUCCCCCCCAUUAGGAUGUACCUGGAUGAUAUAACAACACUGACUGCUACUUCAGCAUGCACCAAGAGACUGCUUGGAAAGCUGCAGGAAAACAGUAAGUGGGCCAGAAUGAAAAUCAAACCCAGAGGUCACGAAGCAUCUCCAUAGUCAGGGGAAGGCUGCAAGACAUAAAGUUCUUCAUCGGUGAUGAUCCAAUUCCAACAGUGUCUGAGCAGCCUGUCAAAAGCCUGGAUAGAUGGUACAACAUCAGCCUCCCGGACAAAGAACAAGUGCAGCAACUAAAGCAACACAUUGCCAAAGGCCUGGAUAACAUUGACAAGACCAUGCUGCCUGGUAAGCUAAAGCUCUGGUGCUCACAGUUUGGUCUCCUACCCUGGGUGAUGUGGCCACACGUUGUCUAUGAGGUCACAUUAACAACCAUGACGAUGCUCAGGUGAACCAUCACAUUGUUCAUAAAGCAGUGACUCGGUGUCCCAAGAUGUUUCAGUAACAUCAGUUUCUAUGGUAAAGGAUUCCCUGAACUAUUUUUUUACUGGCGUUACAGAGGAAUUCAAGUGUUCUAAGUUGCAUCUACAGAUGACACUCAAAAGACUCAUUACAAGACCAUCAGCUAAUGCAAUGCAGCAAGCAACAGCAGUCCUUGGGCAUAGAGACAUUGUGGGGUAAGUCCAACAGGACAGGGGCAGCUUUGGUUUGACAGCAAAUGGACCCACCUGGCACAAGGCCACAGUCCCAGGGCAAAGGAAGAUGGUUGUCAAGGAAGUGUGAUGACAAAAAGAGUCAGACAGCAGAGCAAAGGCAGUCUCCCUGGCUAAGCAAAGGGCAAUGGAUGUGGUGGGAAAGCAUUGAAAGGAGGAAGGACAUAUGGGAGAUGGAAGCAAACAGAUUUAGCUUUCUCAUCAGAGCUACUUAUGAUGCGCUUCCCUCACAAAGAAACCCUCCACCGGUGGUUUGAUGAGGAUCCAGCUUGUUCCCUGUGCCCAAUUCUGACAACCCUCAAGCAUAUUCUAGCAAGCUGUAAAUCCAGCCUUACACAAGGCAAACACAAAAUGCUGGAGGAACUCUGCAGGCCAGGCACCAUCUGUGGGAAAAAUGUAGUCAAUGUUUCGGCCUGAGACCCUUCGGCAGGACCCUUCAAAAAAUUUCAGCCCAAAACAUCGACUGUACUUUAUUCCGUAGAUGCUGCCUGGCCUGCUAAGUUCCUCCAGCAUUUUGAGUGUGUUGCUUGAAUUUCCAGCAUCUGUAGAUUUUCACUUGUUUGUGAUUGGAUCCCAUAAGGCAGAUAUAUGUGGUGUUACAACCAGGUCUUGUAGAGUCUGGCAGUGGCAAUCGAGACCAAGAGGUUAGCAACCAACUCCUUGCUGCCUAGAAUGACUAACGCUCUGACAUCAACAGCAUUCCCACAGGAGGGAGAGAAAAGACCAAUUAAUCUCCCUCCUAAGUCAAAGCAGGACAAAUGAACAUAGCACGUGACUAGGAAAUGCUAGCUGAUGUCAAUAAACAACUCAGCUCUCCACCAGAAAAUACUACCAGCAAUCUUACAUCAGAUUUGAUUCUCUGGUCCUAUUCAUUAUAGGUCGUCUACAUCGUGGAACUCAGUCCUGCAGGAGGAUUCAGUGGAUGAAUCAUAUGAGCGUAGGAGGCUACACUGUGCAGAUCUAGUACUUGAAGCUCAGCGACAGGGCUGGAAAACCAAAGUUUCUCCCAUGGAAGUGGGUUGUUGGGGAUUUAUAGCCUCAUCCACCAUCAGAUUGCUGAAGGAGCUAGAGAUCCAUGGUCAAACUCUACAUCAAACCAUCAGAGACAUGUUAGAAAUGGCAGGAAGAAGCAGUCACUGAAUUUGGAUGAAGCUAAGGGACCUCUUCUGGCCUCUAAGAUAGCAUCAAGAGAGUGGGAAGACACAACAGGAAGUGACUGUAGGAUGCCAGAAGUCUUGGUCGAGCCCUCUGGAGAUGUAGUGGGCUAAUCAAUGAGACAUCAAGGAAGGAGGGUAGUCACUUGAAAACCCUUGCAUGCCAACUCUGUGCCACUCCCAACAUCAAGGCAGUCUCGAGCUAGUGCUCAUGACCCAUUGGCAUGAGGGAUAUUAACAUUUUAUCCUGUGGUUUUUAAUGUUGUGACAGUCACAAACAUUCAAGCUGUUUGAUGGCUUUGGAAGUCUGUUCUGAUUAGGGUGUGGUUUCAUUGGUUGGUGAAGCGGCUCAGUGAGAUUGUGAGUGAGUGAGCACCUCCACUGCUAAGAGCCUAAUGAGCAGCUUGGAGAUGUCCUUUACUGAGGAGGUAUGAGCAGGGUGAUGCAUUUUCACAAACCGAUUUUGUGAAAGGGCAAGCAAUCUGAUAUUUAUGGACCAUACAUUUAUAUGUUUAAUGUAACAAUUUAAGAUCACAGUGCAAGUUAAACCAGCAGUGUGUUUGUGGAAGUAUGCAGUUGCAUAGAAAGGUAGCAUGGGCAUAGACAUAUCCAAACAGUAUACUUCGGUUGUAUGUCCUGCUCAGCUCCAUGUUUACUAACAUUGCUGAAUAUUGUUUGAAUUUUGUAGGCUGAAUAUGUUGAUGGUUCUCUUCUUUAGUACUGUUUACAUGUUGCUGGCUUAGUCCUAUAUUAGAACAUUCACACCUUCUAGGCAUUCCAUUCAUGUUGAGCAAUGCACACAAAAUACAGCAGGAAUCCAGCAGAUCAGGCAGCAUCUGUGGAGAAAAAUUGGAGGGAAACAUUUGACAUUUUCAGCCAAGACCUUUCACCUCUACUCCAUCCCAUUCUGUUUUCUGAUAUUAUCUGUUUAAAUCUGUAUGUGGGACUUCUUUUGAGCCUCCACAUCAGGUAGUUCUCCACUGUUUGAAAUGCCACCAUUCCUGUUUCUUGUCUAAAAGUAUAAUUUAUUGCUUCCAUGAGCACUUCCUACAAAAUCACUUAUCCUUAUGUUUUCAGCAAAGUUACAUACGUGCCCACAAAAUUAACAUCUAAGUUGCUUAUCAAUAUGAGGGACAUUUGCAAUCCCGAGACAGAUUCUGCUUAUUUGUAUACUUGUCUGUCAUCCCUUCUGAUGUUCAACUAAUAUCCCAACCUGGUUAAUAAUUUGCCUCUUUUCAUCUGCCUGAUAUCUCAUUCAUUGUCAGGAAGGUAACAUGUCUGUAUGACUGGCAUCCUGUCACACUCACCUCAACAAUAAGCAAAUUUUUUGAGAGGCUGGUCAAUGACUACAUCUGCUGCAUGCUGCCAACCACACCGGACCCCCUACAAUUUGCCCACUGACGCAACCGAUCGACAGACAACGCAAUAGUCAGAGGCCUACACACUGUCCUUACACAUCUGGAGAAGAGGGAUGCUUAUGUGAGAAUGCUGUUCUUGGCCUGCAGUUCAGCAUUCAACACCAUAAUUCCCUCCAGGUUCAACAAGAAGCUCAGGGAUCUUGACCUUCACCCUGCCUUGUGCAGCUGGAUCCUGGACUUCCUGUCAGAUCGCCAGCAGGUGGUAAGAGUGGGCUCCCCCACCUCCACCCCUCUGACCCUCAACACAGGUGCCCUUCAGGGCUGUGUACUAAGCCUCCUCCUUUACUCUCUGUAUACCCAUGACUGUGUUGUCAUCCACAGCUCCAAUCUGCUAAUUAAAUUUGCUGAUGACACUACAUUGAUUGGCCUUAUCUCAAAUAAUAAUGAGGCAACCUACAGAGAGGAAGUCAUCACCCUGACAUAGUGGUGUCAAGAAAACAACCUCUCCUUAGUCAGGGACCAGGGACGCUUGCCAAAUGGCAGGUUAAAGAACCAGUAGAAAUGGAAAACACAUUUGGAGUCUGGUAUUGCCAUUAACUAAUAGUGUUUAUUAGUAACUACGCAAUACAGUACUAUAAAUGCAAAUAUAUUCCACAGGUUAGCAAUAAUAUAUAUGUACAUAAGUAUGGAAAUGGGUUCUUAAAAACCUAGUGGUGGAUGGGUAUAGUCUUACGAUGAUGAAGAGAGUUCAGUUCAGUUUGAAGUAGUUAGUUGAGUAACAUUGGAGAGAGGAGAGGUGAGCUGAUGCCGCCGAUCUUCCCUUUGUCUUCCAAGAUCCUGUUGUUGUCACCAAAUAUGACCAUAACAUGUAUGACCAUUCUUCAGUGAUGGAAUUAUCACCCAGGCGAGGGUGGACACACAAAUAAUUCCCCACCGGUCGCACCUUUUCACACUGCGAGAACCACUGAUCGAUUUCCCCAAAUUGAUCCUCCAAAACCCCACCUUCCUGUGGGUACAACAAAGCUCGUCCAGUGUCCAAAACUGUGUGUCUCCAGGUCCAGCAGCUGACCUGGUAUUUAUUUCAGCAUGCUGCGCACCAGCUGUCCAUCAAACUGCUCCGCCCUUCUCUCUCUCUGUAAGAACUUACAAGCAGGCAGUGUCCUUGUAAAAAUGUCAACAAACUGCGGAGAAACCAUAACUUCAAUCUUCCAAGCAUUCUUUGC